AGAAACCGGCUCCUUUGGGCAGGACCUGGCCGGGCUGAGGCUCUCAGCGCUGAAUUACCGCUGGCUUUUCCCUCGCUGGGCUGGGCGGAGGAGGGCGUGGAGCUCUGUCUGUGCGCAAGGAUUGGGAAAGCACUCAAGGCGCACGGAGCCGGGGCCUCUGCUCUCUUUCUGGGCGCGAUCUCCGCCGGAGCAUGUUAAUGUGAAUUGGAAGAACAGGGAAGCCAGCCAAAGCCUCCUGGGGGAAGGCAGCCGAGGGCAGCUGAGAGAUCUCCGGGCGGCCGCCGAGACUCCGCGCCAUGGGCAUCCUGUAUUCCGAGCCCAUCUGCCAAGCAGCUUAUCAGAAUGACUUUGCUGAAGUCUGGAGGUGGGUGAGAGAAGACAAUAGCUAUGUGAACAUUCAAGACAGCUUCAACGGGGACACCCCUCUGAUCUGCGCGUGCCGACGGGGACACCUGAAGAUCGUUGCGUUCCUUUUACGAAGGAAUGCCAAUGUGAACGCCAAAAAUCAGAAAGAGAGAACAAGCCUACAUUAUGCAGUGAGGAAACGGUUCACCUUCCUUGACUAUCUGCUCAUCAUUCUCUUGAUGCCCGUGCUUCUGAUUGGCUAUUUCCUGAUGGUAUCAAAGACAAAACAGAACGAGAAUCUCGUCAGGAUGUUACUCCAGGCCGGCGCGGAUGUUAAUGCCACAGACUAUGUUGGCUGCACAGCUCUUCACUAUGCGUGUGAAAUGAAAAACCAAAGCAUCGUCCCCUUGCUUCUGGAUGCCCAUGCGGACCCCACCAUAAAGAACAAGCAUGGCGAGAGCGCUUUGGACAUUGUGCAGAGAUUAAAGUUUUCUCAGAUUGAAACCAUGUUACGGAAAGCAUCCUAACUCUCCUGGCAUCAAUGUAGAGCAUUGGACCAAGAUCAAGGACUCUGGCUGGUUCCCUGUGUUCAUCUCUGGUUCCACCAUCUGAUGUCAGGCCUCAGUGUGUGUGCCUCAGUUUCUCCAUCUGUACUAAGGGGAUAUUUUGUCACCGGGGACGAUGAACAUAAUAUGUUUGCUAUUCAUACGGAUGGUUCACCCUGAAGGAUUCACCGUAACCAUCCUCUUUCUAAGACUAAUGUCAAGCUUUUCCUAGGUCACAUUUUACCUGAUGAAGCUGGCUUCUCAAUUUUACUCACUCAGCUGUUCUAAAAGGAACAGACCAAACAAAUGGGACUGGCUUCUGUUUUCCCUCAUGGUACAUCCCCUUUCUGCCUGCCUCCAUGACCAGUCAGCCCCAGAGAGUCCCCAGUGAUGCCCUUUGAGCCAUCCCUCACAUGCCACCCUUUGUGGUCAAGGUGCUGUAGUCAUUCCCACCUACCUCUGCCUUCUGGAUCUCCCACAGGUUGGGUUCAUCAGCGCUCUUGGGAGGUUGUGACUCAAAGCCCUAGAACACUGUCAGGAGACUGAGCAUCUUCCAAAAAGGUUGUUUGUGGCAGGGGCAGCUGGGGCAGUUUACAAAUCUAUGGCUUCCUAAGAGCUUUUCUUUCAAAAAUGUUAUACAAGAGAGGUAUUAAGAUUGUCUGACAGCCACCCGGCUUGGGGGCAGCUUUUCCUGGUCUUUUAGAUCCAAUAGCCAUUAACCAAGUUAUGAGAAGGGUGAGCACAGUGUAGUGUCAAACUGCCACAAAGGUACAACAGCCAGAGCUGUAACUAGGCUGGGGCAACUGGACCUUAGCUUUAACUGUAUUUAAUUUAGAGGACACUGAAUUGUAAACGUGCCAUAUACAUUUCCAGCUCCCCAGCACAUGGAAACAACAGAGCUUGGUGCCUGAUUGGCAAGAAUAAGUAGCUAAAAUAAGAAGCUACCUCUAUGGGAAACGGGGGUGAGUUUCUCCUCUAGUUUGCCCCAUUAAAUGCCCUCCAUCACUCUCCCUUGUUUAGCUUCUCCAGCAUGGCCUGAUGCUGGUGUCUUAGGCUUUCUGACUGCUUGUCUUACCCCAUAGGAUGGGGGGGUCUUUUGCCCUUUUUCCAUUUAAGAGAUUCUCAUCCCUAGCACAUUCCUGGUGCUUGCUCCAGCUACACAAAUUUAUAGUUUCCACUCUUACUCCAGAUGCAGCCCUAGGUUAGGCCUGAAGAAUCAUGGAUGGUCUGCUCAACCUCCAAGAACAAACAAAGGCUCAUCAGUCCAUGACAUGAGUCAGAGGGGAUUCCUGAGAAGCAAGCAUCCUGAUUACCCAUCAUGCCCUUGGCCCUAGUUGUUAGUCAGCUCUCCAUUCUUGGUUGAGGUUCCAGAUGGGCCUUGAGUUUAUUUGUCAAAGGAAGGAAAAGGAAGCAUGAUGAUCUCAGGACACAGUUUUCUAUCUAUUAAAGGUUACAAAGAACUUUCUGUUGGGGGUCAGAGAAGCUGCUGUAAGGAAUAUAGAUGAGCAAAUUGGGAACCAUCGCUUGCCCAAAGGUUACUAGUUGGAAGUGUCUGAGCCAGGAGGGAAAUGCUAGAUUGGGAGAGCAAGAACCUGGGCUAGAACUUUGGGCCUUGUAAAAUCUGUGUGACUUUGAGCAACUUUCUUUCCCUUGGGACUCAGUUUCCUUUAUAAACUGAGAUGGAUGGGUAUCCUUACUGAUAGAAAUUUGUGAUCCUCUGACUCUGAGUCCGAGAUUCUUCCCUGAUUACAUCAGUGUUGCCACUCUUGCAUUAAUACUGAGUAGUGGAGCAGUUUCCUCAUCUAUAAAAUGGGGAUAAUCAUAGCAAUUACCUCUCAUGGCUGUUGUGAGGAUUCAAAGUUAAUGUAUGUAAAGCCCUUGGAAAACCUUAAACUUCUCUAUAUAAAUGCCUACUACUAUUUCUGUUGAGUAGUAGUUGAUAUUUUUAAAAAAAGGGAGCAUUUGAUUUGGCAUCAGAAACCCUGGUUUGAUUCCAAGCUCUAUCACUUGCAAACUGGGCAACCUUAGCCGUGUCACUUCCCUUUUAUGUACCUCAGUUUCCUUCUUAAAAUGAGGGGCCUCUAGGUGGCACAGUGGAUAGAGCACCAGCCCUGAAGUCAGGAGGACCUGAGUUCAAAUCUAGCCUCAGACACUUAAUAUGUCCUAUCUGUUUGACCCUGGGCAAGUCACUUAACCCCAAUUGCAUCAGCAAAAAAAAAAAAAAAAGAAGAGGGGAUAGGACAAGAAGUUCUCACAGGCCUCUUCCAGCUCUAACCGCUCGUUCUUGGUUAAAUGAUGAUGUUGCCAUGGCAACUGGCAGUGGUCCCUGCAGGAUUUCUGUGGGAGUCACAGAGAUGCAUCCUCCUCUUAGCUGAUUGUUGUGGAUCACAGAUUCCCACGGUUCACUUAAUUUAUUACUUUGUUGUCUUGGAAGUUCUGGGUGUAAAUGCUGGACAGCAUUUUUUAAUAAAAUAAAUUGAGAUGUGUAAACAA